UGUCGGCGGUGGAGAAAUAUCCAAAAGCGGCGAUGGUGGAAACAUUUUCGCGGCAGAUGUAUGUACACACACAUACACACCGUGCUCAGGCACACACAUACACACAGCGGCAGGGAAACGCGCACACGCUCGCCCACUCGUACACACACACAUACACACACACACUGGCUGCUCUGAAUGUGGGUCACUGGGCCUUGCUCUCCCUCAAGCGUGCGGAAACAGUCCCGAAGCCUCCUCUGCAGUCCGACUGCUUCCGCACGCUCAAAAAAAACUCGUUUACCGACCUUAACGGUCAUGCUAUUCAACAACCGACAACUGCUGCUACCUGCGCAUAUGCAUUAAUAAGUCCUUACCUUUCCGAAAAAUCGACAGCAGCCUCCGUGUUUUGCUUACUUGAGCGUUGCAUCGACAUCGAGGCGGUGGGGGCCGGGAGGACUCGGGUUGGGGAGAAAAACAGGAGGCCUACUUCAUACUACGACGUACAGUCAUGCGCAAUAGAGACAGUAGGGCGCACUAUUUUGCAAGUACAGUAGCAGCAGCAGAAACGAAGGGGACCGCUGAGUUGUCUUCAAAGAGGAAAUGACUCUGCGUGUUUUGUCGCUUUACCAGCCAGACCACUUCCCACUCAAAGCUACCUAAUUUUUUUUUUUAUAAAAAUAGAAAAAAAAAACAGCUGUUCUGCCUCGUGAUCUUACAAAUGAAUGCGAUGACGGAAAUGGAUCAUCGUCUUGUUUUGUCACAUUGCGCGCAUACUAGAGUUAAAACGGUGAAAUAGGAUAACUUUUCUAUUCUUAGAGACUUUCUACUUCUCAGUGAAAAAAAAAAUUCCAGGAAACAUGUUUUGAAUUCCGGUGAAUGCUCUGUGAAUGUGACAUUGGAUGGUGGCCAGGACGGUGCAGAGCAGGGUAGUGUAGGGAUGGCCCUGCAGGAUGGCAAAGGGUUUCCCCCUUUAUCGACAUCCAAUCAGAAGCUCCACAGUCCAUGACGUGUUACCCAUAGUGUGACGAGGUUUCCCCCUAAAUACGUAGAGGUGCAUUUAAGACAAGAAACUCUAAGUAUUAGGCUGUAGGGCGUGAAAUGGGGUCAGAGGUUAAUUUUGUAAACAUGGCCAUGUGUUCACAAAAUGUAGCCUACAAAAUCUGUUAAAACCAAAGUUCACAACUCUUUGAUUGGGCCUAUACAACAUACAAAAAACAAUAUAACUUUUGGAAAGAUACAGGACACGGGUCACUUAACCCUAGAACACUACCCCUGGGUGAUUUUUACCUGAAAUAAUAUAUCCAAGAAAAAGUACUUGUCAUCAAAAUAUAUCAAAAUGGGUCAAUACAUGACAAAUUAAAGUAGUGUUCUUUUAUUUUUAACUGUGCAAUGUCCAAAGGGAGGGACAAAAGUGCCAUGAGGGGGACCGCAUAAAAAUGCAACAAAAUAACUGAAAUUAGGCAUUCAUGAACAAAAAACUCUUAAAAAAUAUAUAGAAACUGUAAACUUUGUUUCUAUUCCACCCAUUCCUGGGGCAUGUGAGUCUUCCCUGGUGAAGACUCAGGCACAAUAACAGCUGCGGGAGAGAGAGAGAACCAAAAUAUGUCAUAUAUUGAGAGAGUGAAAAUGACCAGCUGACUAAAAUAUUUCUUAUCACCAUAUGAAUUCCCUUCAAAAUCACUAUUUUGUGAUAGUUAUUCAUAACCACUGCGCUAAAUAAAGAUAGCAUGCAAAUUCCAGGACCACUCUUACUUACCUUAUUUGCCAUAUGGCCGUCUAAGUAUGUUUAUAUAUAUUGACGAUAUGGAUGAGGCAACAGAAUAUAUCAACCCAUCAUACACAAUGCGACAAAAUAAUCAAACGUCUGCUUAAUACAGAAUUUAAGCUCUUGUCAGGUCAACACUUUUGAUGUUGAAAUAUCAAAAGAAAAAAAUCAAAGUUUCCUAAGUAUGCCACGUGAACAGUUAAAAGGUUACUUAUUUAAGAAUGGUAAUCUAAUUUUUCCUUCAAAAAUGCUAAUUUGCAAACUGAAUCAUGACAUGAAAGCUGUAUUCUUAUACAACAAUUUAAUUAAACAUCAUGCCGUCACGUUUCCUGUGACAGAGCUGUGGUAUUUUUUUACAUUUUUUGUUGUGUCACACUAAAUGAAAUAUUGUGAGGCCAUAUUAUUUCUACAUAGGAACACAAAUGUUGAAAACAUAUUCUUUAUAAAGCGUGUGUACUGAUCAAGGCAGAGUUCUGCAAAUCUGCUGAUUUCUUGUGAAUGAAUGUCACUUUAUUUUCAGCAACAUGUACUGUCAAUUUUCCCUCAUCAUCCUCUCUCACAAUACUGCCUGCCCAUAACACAAGUUGUUUGGGUGUCAUCAAAUCAACUCAUACUGUGUCAUAUCCUGUGAAACAGCUGCAUUGUGUUGUUGAAUUGACCAUGAGUCAUGGCAACACAACCACUGCUAUUGUAACAGGAAUAAACAGGGCAGAGGUCACUUCCCUGACAAAUUCACUGCUCUUACUGCCUGAGACGACUAUUCUUACUCUGACCUUAAUCUUAUUGUACCUGAUCAACACUGAGUUGUUAAAAUUUCAGAGACAAAAAAUGAAACUCAGAACAAAAUGUUUUAAAUGUCAGUGUAAUUUCCCUCCUCAAAAUAAACCUUCAAAUAUAAAACAGCUUUUCAACCAUAAAACAGAUAAUAACUGAUUGAAAAAUGCAAUUACCAGAAAGCUUUACAGUCCAAAUGGCCAUGGUCACAAACAAUGCUACCUUUGAUUUCGUUUUAUAUCUGCUGCUAUUUUCACUCAAAAUGCAAACUUUAACAUGAAUAUUUUAGAACUAUGAACUCAAGCAUCUUUAUGUUUAAUCUGAACCUCAUCAAUCCUUACGUCCUUUGUGAACUCAUUAUACCCCUGCACUGUCUCAGGAUUUUUCACCGCCGCGUAUUCCUUCCUCUCUGAACUAAAUUUUCCCCUCCCCGCUUCUCCUCUUUUCCUCUGUCAUCAUUUUCAUUUCUCCUCUGCCUUCCUCAGAUUAAUAGUUAUCUGCUUUUUCAGGAUUUUCUCACGCUCACCCUAUUAUAUCCUCUCCGUUCUCAUCUUUCCUCAGCUCAGCAGCCUGUCCUGCAUAAUCAGUGUUAUUCAGUCCUUAAUUUAGUUCAGUAUCGUGGUCUUUUACCUUCUUUUUCCACUGUUCCUGUUCACUGUGUAUUGUCUUAUCCCAUUGCCUCCUCUUUAUUUUUUCUUGAUGGUAUCUCUUUGCAUCCCCCUUACCCACCCUCCUUUUUAUUUCUUAAAACUUUUGAACAUUAUUUUAAAAUUUUACUACCCUCCUGUCUCUUUUCAGCAGCUCCUGCAUUUAAUUUCCUCUACUGUCUCCUCCUGCAGCUUUCUACCAGCUCCUCUGACUUAACUCCUGAACUUUAUGCACCUCCUCUUUAUCCUCUCUAAUCCGGUGUACCUCCUGUUCCAGCUCCUCCUCCUAUGCCGUAAUAAAAAGGUAUUACAAAUGCUUUCUAUUUAUCACUCGCUGUUCUUUUUUUUUUUUUUAAACCAGGGAUAAUGCCUUUGCUAACACUGAACAUCAAAAACCACAGUUACAAACCCAGUGAUAUGACAUAAGAAAUGAAAUAGGAGAUCUUUGUUUUUUUUAAUGAAUUCCACAACAAAUUCAAAAAAGUAUCUGUUUUACAAUUAAUGUGAAUGUAUAUUUUUUUUUUACCUAUUUUAGUGCUAUACAAGUGCAUUUUCAAGUUUAAAAUGUGCAUCCUUUGUUGUUAAUUACUGUCUUUAUUCAGCCUUUUCAAACUGAAUUAUGUGGAACAUUAAUAUUAUUUCUUUUUUUUCUUGUGUGGGUUAUCAACCAAUUAUUGCAAAGAUAAGAAUUCUGUCAAUGCCUAUAGCAAAGGUACAGGGGUUAAAGUCUACGAUAAGUAAGUACAACAAACCUCAUGUGUUAUUCAUAAGAUUCAACACUUGUAUAUUCCUUACCUCCCUACUUCCUGUCCAUCUGCUCAGCUUUCCAUCUCAGAGGCAAAGAGCCUUUCAAGAGAACACCCACAAAAACCAUCAACAACAUCAACAACAACAACUAUAAAGCACUUAGCUGUGGAGCAUCUUUGUUGUGACAAAUCCAAUCCAACAGAGCCACACUUUUUCCUGACAACAAAUCAAAUUAAAGCGUCGGUUCAUUCUGGAGUGGUUUGAUUAUGGAAAAGUCCACCCACACUCUUUGACACAGUUACCAUGAACUGGAACUCAUAAAACAUGCUCAGAAGUUUACAUUUAUAUUCUUUCUGCCGAUUCGAAGACCCUAAAACUGUCCUGUGGAGUCAUGAUGACUAAAGAAAGGAAGCAUCAUUUAUGUGCUUGUAAAAGUCCUCCUUUUAAGUGCUUCACCUCGCUUGUACCUGUUCCCAGAGAUUGAAUUAUUACAGGGUAAUGGAAACCAUGCAGAGUGCUGUGGGACAUCCUUUUCCCACACAACAACCGUUUAAUCACAGACAACGAUUGGGCGCUGCGCCACGCUAGAUAUAUCAACGUCUAUAUGUGAGUGAGUGGAGACAGAAAGACCACAGAGAGGAGGAAAGAACAUUACACAGGAAAAAAUAAACCACCUACAGAUCAGCUGCAGUACUGUACAUACCCAAAGCAACUAAAGUAAAGUACAUGUUGGUACUUUGGGUCAGACACACUCCUCAAAAGUAAAUACAGAGUCAGGAGUAAGAUCCAUAUCAGCAGGAAACCUGCACAUCAGGUCAGUAAUGGAUCUUAAUUGAAGCAAUAAAAGGAAAAAAUCAAGACUGGUCUUUAAUUGCUCCUUGUCUCCUAAAUCCCCAAGGUUGCAAUGAAAGCAGCACUGUAAUGAAAGAUUAACACUAAUCAUCAAACCUGAUAGUCACUGUGUGUUUGUGUGUGUGUAUGUAUGAGCUCAUUUCACCACAUACUUUCACGCAGUCAGAGUGGAGGAAACAUCACCAGCGCCCACCCCACCACUGCCAGGUUUUCAGUCUUCUGUGUCACAACCCGCUUUAUCUUUUCUCAACUUUUGCUAUUUCUCCUACCACUCCUUGAUUCUCCUUUUAGCCUUGCUAUUUCUUUCUUGGAGGCUUUGUCCUACUCUGCAGUCUUGAUUAUCCUUUACCCUCAAGUGAUGUCGUCUCUUUUGAGGGAGGAGAUGCAGAGAGUUUUAUUCCGACCUGCAAAACAAAGACUAGUGGAAUUUAUCGAGAUUGAAGAGCCAUCGCACGGAAGGCAUUUCCUGUGUGUGUCAGGUAAACAGCUUUGUUGUCGAUCAGGUAUUCAUUUAUAAUUAUUACAGUUCAUUCAAUAAAUAUAAAGGCGGUUUCAGGAGUCAUUCAAGACUUUCUAGUCUGGCUGGUUUACAUGUCACACUGAAUAUUAUGGUUGUGGGAAACCUGUGAGGAAUUCUGCUGAGCAUGUACUUUUACCGAAGAGGCUGUGUUUAUGCUUGUUAUGAAUCAAAGGUUUGACCUUUAUAGCAGAAAAAAAAUAUGUCACAAUCCCUUUUUUUUCAACAUUUCUUAACAUUUUAUUUUUUUUCUGUUUUUCUGCAGUAGCAAAAGGCAAAGUGGUUCAGCUGAGUAUUGUGCGAUGUCAGAUAUCUCAGACGCCCCUAAAAUCUGGCUCCAAGAAGUCCCACACCAAACGUUCCAGUAUACAGGAGUGCUACCGGAGGACAGAAAUCUGGUCCCUGCAAGAUCUGACUCUAGUUGAUGGGAGAGAUGCUGAUGUGGUAAGAAAUCAUAGUAAUUUAUUGUUUUCAUUGUUAUUUAAUGCCAUGAUUUCUUCGUUUUUUUAUUUAAAGAAUGACAGGACACUCCUCUGAAUGACUCAAAUUUGCUCACACAUCUUCACUUGAUUAUGAGAGCCUUGAAAGGAUACUAUAUAUUUUUAAACUAUCAUUUCUAGAGUCACUAUUUCACUGCAACAUCUUACUUAUUUUUAUGUUUUGCAUGGUCAUGACAAGCUUAUCAACUGAUGCUCACUCCUAAAUAGAUCCCAUAUACAAAGGAAACAAUUGGAGUAUUGGGAGUUUACAGGGUUUCAACAAAACAAACUCUUGUUCAUUGGUCAUACAUAUAUGUCAUGUUUUAGAUAUUUAAUUUAUAUUGCAUUAGUGUGAUUAUUAUUUAUACUUCUGUUUUGAUCUCCCAGUGGCCUAUCUGAUAUACUGGAUCCUGCACUUACAAUACUGUAAAGUGUUUAAGUUAAUUUGAUUCUGUUUUUACAGCUGGACUUAAUAUUGUCUCUUCAAUUUUGCACCUUAGACCGUCACUAUUUUCAUAUUGCACCUCAUGUUAAGAGUUUAUCUUACUUGGAUAUACUAUAUUUCGUAUAGUCCUGGACUGAACUUACUGCUUUUUAUCAUGUCAUGUGUCACUUUAUCCCCAAACUGUCAUCUUUCAUUUUUAUUUACUGCAGAAUGUCCUAUAUUAUUUGUAAAAUUCCUUUUUUACUCCUUGUAUGCCAGUCCUAUGUGCCUCUUACUUUCUUUAUUUUAUCUUGUCUUAUUUUAAGUUCUAUUUAUCAUCUCAUCGGAUUUGUCUUGUGUUACUUAAACAACUGAAUUUUACUUUUUGGGCUCUAGAUGAUGCUUUCAUGUUGAUUCUUUUGUUUUACUGAACCAGUGUCAUAGCUCUGAUUUUACAAAGUGUUAAAUCUGAUUUAAUUGAUUAAUGUAUGCACUUAAUUCAACAAAACAAAUAGUAUUUCAUCAGUGUUUUUGGUCUCCAGGAUGACCCCUGUUUUCUGCUGCACUUUAACAAGGUGCGAACAGUGACGGCCAUCAGCUGCUCAGCUAAGUACGCUUUUGUGCGAGCCCUGGUGGCUCUCAGCGACCAGCACUGCCAGAGGUCAUUGAACCUGCGGAACUUUGACUGGACCUACAUCAAGCCUACUUCUUUUUACUCCAACAGAGGAGACUGCGUGGUCCUUUCACAGAUAUGCUUCUAUGCAUUCAAUCUGGUGUGUUUGUCCAUGUGUCCCGUGCCUCUGGAUGCAUAAUGAAAUGAAACAAUACUAGUGUGUGUUGUCUGUGUGUCAAUAAAGGUGUGUGUAACUUAAAAAAAUCUUAAGCAGGUUAAAUGUAUAAUACUUGCCAUGAGUCAGAUAUGUGGUGUGAAUGUAGGCUUGUGGGUGCUCUUGCACUUAAGAGUUUUCAUGAUGGGUAUUUUAUCAUGAAAACUCUUUUGCAUUCAUAUUCUGCUAAAUCUAUAUUCAAGCAACUUGAUAUACCUAUUUGUUGACCCAGUUCUCUUUUUGUGAUCUUUCAAUGACUUGUCCCUUAAAGUGUUUUUUCUGUGGGCUAUUGUUAAAAUGCAAACAUCUAAUGGGAAAUAAAAGGACUACAAAUUUGUUGCGUUUUUUAAUCUUUCAUAAAGAUCAAUCAUCAUUCUGAAGGACAGGAAGCCUUUGGUUAGCUAAAGAUAUCAGGAUAAAAAGAUUAAAAAAAGAUUAACAAUACUUAGACUUAGUGAGACUGGCCCUUUUAGUAGGGGAGAGUGGGGUAAGAUGAGCCAUUUUUCAUAUUUCAGAUCACUGCAUUAAAGCAAUCAUAGUUUUGUCUCUAACUAGUGUAUACAAUAAUUAUUUUUAUUAUUGCAUAUAACUGCAAAAAAGCUGUAAAAAGUCAUUUUAACAUGAGAAUGUCUUUAAGUGAUUCAGAACAUUCACAGCUGUAUUUUGGAAAAAAAAAAAAAAAAAAGUAAAACAUUUCAACAAUCUGAACUGAAACUCUGAUCCUCUCAUCAGACUUCUUUACUUUCUCUGUUGAGCCACUGGUUCAACUUACCCCAGAACUACUAUGAUGACCUUAUUAGUCUUAUUAUGACUUUAUUAGUCCUCUAAGCUAAAACGGUGGACCUUUAUGCUAGGUUUUUGACCUUGUGUUGUAGCUCAUAGAUACCACAAUUGAUGUAUAAAACAAAUUUAAAAUUAUCUUUUUUGGUCUGAACACAGUUCUCAUAAAAUUUAUGACAGGCUACAUUCCCUUUCAAGAGUGAAAAAUGUAUAUAUAUAUUUUUUUAAAUAAAUGUCUAACCCCUUCACCCAUGUGCUUCUAACCUUCACAGACUCCAUGAAUUGAUGCCCAUCUCCUAAAUAUUUGGUCACAUGAUCAAUUUCUUUUACCAUUUCCAAGCAA